CGGUGCGGCGGCGCCAUGGACGAGUGCGCGGAGGAGCGGAGCGGGCGGGCGCAGCGCUGCAUGCCCGAGUUCGUGAACGCGGCGUUCAACGCCACGGUGCUGGCCACGCACACGUGCGGGGCGCCGGCCGAGGAGUACUGCGUGCAGACCGGGGUCACCGGCGUCACACAGUCCUGCCACCUCUGCGACGCCGCCCAGCCGCACCUGAGCCACGGGGCCGCCUUCCUCACCGACUACAACAGCCCGGCCGACGCGACCUGGUGGCAGAGCCGCACGAUGCUGGCCGGCGUGCAGCACCCCACCGCCGUCAACCUCACCCUGCACCUGGGGAAGGCCUUUGACAUCACAUACGUGCGCCUGAAGUUCCACACGAGCCGGCCGGAGAGCUUUGCCAUCUACAAGCGCACGCGGGAGGACGGCCCGUGGGUGCCCUACCAGUACUACAGCGGCUCCUGCGAGAGCACCUACCACAAAGUCAACCGCGGCUUCAUCCGCACCGGGGAGGACGAGCAGCAGGCGCUCUGCACCGACGAGUUCAGCGACAUCUCCCCCCUCACCGGGGGCAACGUGGCCUUCUCAACGCUGGAGGGGCGUCCCAGCGCCUACAACUUCGACAACAGCCCUGUGCUGCAGGAAUGGGUGACAGCUACAGAUAUUAGAGUGACCCUCAAUCGUCUGAACACAUUUGGAGAUGAAGUUUUCAAUGACCCGAAAGUUCUCAAGUCUUACUACUAUGCAAUUUCUGACUUUGCUGUGGGUGGUAGGUGCAAAUGCAAUGGGCACGCGAGCGAGUGCGUGAAGAACGAGCUUGGGAAGUUGGUCUGCAACUGCAAGCACAACACCUUUGGGGUGGACUGUGAAAAGUGCCUUCCUUUCUUCAACGACCGUCCAUGGAGGAGAGCGACAGCAGAGAGUGCCAACGAGUGCCUGCCUUGUGACUGCAACGGGAGGUCCCAGGAGUGCUACUUCGACCCCGAGCUGUACCGCUCCACGGGCCACGGCGGCCACUGCCGGGGCUGCGCCGACAACACGGACGGGCCGCACUGCGAGCGCUGCAGGGACAGCUUCUACCGCCAGGGCAGCGACCAGGGCUGCCAGCCCUGCAGCUGCAACCCCGUGGGCUCCCUCAGCACACAGUGUGACAGCUACGGCCAGUGCAGCUGCAAGCCCGGCGUGAUGGGGGACAAGUGUGACCGCUGCCAGCCGGGCUUCCACUCCCUCUCCGAAGCUGGGUGCAGGCCCUGCUCUUGCAAUCCAGCUGGCAGCACAGGGGAAUGCAAUGUGGAGACGGGGCGGUGUGCGUGCAAGGACAACGUGGAAGGCUUCCACUGUGAGAGAUGCAAACCUGGAUUUUUCCAUCUGGAUUCCUCCAAUCCAAGGGGCUGUACCCCCUGCUUCUGUUUUGGACACUCCUCAGUCUGCACCAGCGCUGUGGGCUACAGUAUCUACAGCAUCACCUCCAACUUCCAGUUUGGAGAGGAUGAGUGGCGUGCUGAGCAGCGUGAUGGCUCGGAAGUCUUGCUGCAGUGGAGUGCAGAGACCCGGGAUAUCUCUGUGAUCUCGGACACCUACUUCCCCAUGUAUUUCGUUGCUCCAGGCAAGUUCUUGGGCAACCAGGUUUUGAGUUACGGGCAAAACCUGACCUUCUCCUUCCGCGUGGACAGACGGGACACGCGGCUCUCCGCGGAGGACCUGGUGCUGGAAGGGGCCGGGCUGAGAGUGUCGGUGCCACUCAUUGCCCAGGGCAACUCUUACCCCAGUGAGAGUGCACAGACCUACACCUUCAGGCUCCACGAGGCUACAGAUUACCCAUGGAGGCCUGCUCUAACGGCAUUUGAGUUCCAGAAGCUUCUCCACAACUUGACUUCCAUCAAGAUCCGUGGGACAUACAGCGAGAGAAGUGCCGGUCACCUGGACGACGUCACCAUCACAAGCGCUCGCCCUGGACCUGGCGUGCCCGUGGCCUGGGUGGAGAGCUGCUCCUGCCCCGUGGGAUACGAGGGGCAGUUCUGUGAGCGCUGCACCUCCGGGCACCGGCGAGAGACCCCGAGCCUGGGGCCCUACAGCCCCUGCGUGCCCUGCACGUGCAACGGGCACAGCGAGACGUGCGAUCCCGAGACAGGCGUGUGCAAUUGCAGGGAUAACACGGCGGGGUCUCACUGUGAGAAGUGCAGUGACGGGUAUUACGGCGAUGCGACGGCGGGCACAGCCGCGGACUGCCGGCCCUGCCCCUGCCCGGGCAGCUCCAGCUGUGCCAUCGUGCCCCGCACCAAGGAGGUUGUGUGCACCAGCUGCCAGGCUGGCACUACAGGCAAGAGGUGCGAGCUGUGUGACGACGCCUAUUUUGGGGACCCGCUGGGCGAGAACGGCGCUGUGAGGCCCUGCCGCCUGUGCCAGUGCAACGACAACAUCGAUCCCAACGCCGUGGGGAACUGCGACCGCCAGACCGGGGAGUGCCUCAAGUGCAUCCACAACACCGCCGGCUUCUACUGCGACCGCUGCAAGGACGGCUUCUUCGGGAACCCGCUGGCCCCCGACCCCGCCGACAAGUGCAGAGCUUGUCACUGCAAUCCCUAUGGCACUGUGAAUCAGCAGACGAGCUGCAAUCAAGUGACUGGGCAGUGCGAGUGCCUGUCCCACGUCACCGGGAGGGACUGCAGUGCCUGUGAGCCUGGAUUCUUCAACCUCCAGAGCGGACGUGGCUGUGAGAGGUGCAACUGCCACGCGCUGGGCUCGACCAACGGGCAGUGUGACAUCCGGAGCGGGCAGUGCGAGUGCCAGCCGGGCGUCGCCGGCCAGCACUGCGACCGCUGCGAGGGCAACCACUUCGGCUUUGGCUCCGAGGGCUGCAAACCCUGCGACUGUGAUCCGGAGGGCUCGCGCUCCCUGCAGUGCCGGGAGAACGGCCGCUGCGAGUGCAAAGAAGGCUUCGUGGGGACCCGCUGCGACCAGUGCGAGGAGAACUAUUUCUACAACCGCUCGUGGCCAGGCUGCCAGGAAUGUCCAGCCUGUUACAGAUUAGUGAAAGACAAGGUGGCGGAACAACGCGAGAGGCUGCGGGAGCUGGAAAAUCUGAUAGCAAAUCUGGGUGCAGGAGCAGAAGCCGUGACUGAUCAAGCCUUCGAGGAGAGGUUGAAGCAGGCAGAAAGAGAAGUUAUGGAGUUGCUCCAAGAAGCACAAAAAAGCAAAGACGUAGAUCAGGGCCUCAUGGAUCGUCUCAAAGACAUCAACAGCACACUGGCAAAUCAGCUCAACAGGCUGAGGAACAUCCAGGGCACGGUGCGGGAGACGGAGAACCUGGCAGAGCAAGCCCGGGUGCGGGUGGAGGACACUGAGGACCUCAUCAGCUUGGCUUCUGACAUGCUGGAGAAGGCAAAGGUGGCAGCUGACAACGUGUCCAUUGCACCUCCGGAGCAAAGCGGGGACCCCAACAACAUGACUCUGUUGGCAGAAGAGGCCCGUAAGCUGGCAGAAAGACACAAAAAAGAAGCUGAUGAGAUUGUUCGUGUAGCCAAGGCUGCAAAUGAUACUUCCACAGAAGCGUAUCAGCUGCUGCUGAAGACCUUGGCUGGAGAAAACCAAACUGCCAUUGACAUUGAUGAGCUCAACCAGAAGUAUAAUCAAGCAAGGAAUAUUUCUCGAGACCUAGAGAAACAGGCCAACAAGGUGCUUGCUGAGGCAGAGGAAGCUGGAAACAGAGCCCUGCAGAUCUACGCUAAUCUCACCAGCCUGCCUACAGUGGAUUCCACAGGGCUAGAGAAUGAAGCAAAUAAGAUCAAGAAGGAAGCGGAGGAAUUAGAUCAGCUAAUUGCCAGGAAGCUGAAGGAUUAUGAGGACUUGAGAGAAGACAUGAAAGGAAAGGAGCUUGAAGUGAAGAACCUCUUGGAGAAAGGGAAGACAGAGCAGCAGACUGCAGACCAGCUCUUGGCUCGAGCAGAUGCAGCGAAAGCCCUGGCUGAAGAAGCUGCUCGGAAGGGCAAUGGCACACUACAAGAGGCCAAUACCAUCCUCAGCAACCUGAAAGACUUUGACAAGCGGGUGAACGACAACAAGACGGCGGCUGAGGAGGCGCUGAAGAAGAUCCCUGCCAUCACACAGACCAUCGCUGAAGCCAACAACAAGACGCGCCAGGCGGAGCUGGCGCUGGGCAACGCUGCUGCUGACGCCCGUGAGGCCAAGGCUAGAGCAGAUGAUGCUGAGAAAAUCGCCAGCUCUGUUCAGAAGAGUGCUGCUGCUGCCAAAGCCGAAGCCGACAAGACUUUUGCCGACGUGACGGGGCUGGCCAGGGAGGUGGAUGACAUGAUGAAGCAGCUGCAGGACGCAGAGAAAGAGCUGAAGCGGAAGCAGGCGGAUGCUGAGCAAGAUAUGAUGAUGGCAGGCAUGGCCUCACAGGCUGCCCAGGAGGCAGAAGAUAAUGCCAGGAAAGCAAAGAACUCUGUGAACAGCCUACUCACUGUCAUUAAUGACCUGCUGGAUCAAUUAGGGCAACUGGAGACAGUGGACUUGAACAAACUGAAUGAAAUUGAGGGUACCCUGAACAGUGCCAAAGACCAGAUGAAAGACAGCGACUUGGACCAGAAAGUGUCUUUCCUUGAGAGAGAAGCCAAGAAGCAAGACGAUGCGAUACAGGCCUACAACAGGGACAUUGAAGAGAUCCUGAAGGACAUUAGCAACCUGGAGGACAUCAGGAAGACCUUGCCAUCUGGCUGUUUCAACACCCCGUCCAUUGAGAAACCCUAAGGGUGCGCUGGGGGUGGGGGGUGUUCCCCCCGAGCGGUGGUUCGGCUCCGGAGUGCCUUAACACACAGUACCUUCUCCAAAUCCCCACCUCUUCGCUGCUCACAGCCACUGUUUUCUUGUUCAAAUCAGGAUAAGUUGAAAGAUUUUUUUUUUAUUUUUAUUUUUUUUUUUUUGAGAAGCAAAUUAAAUAUCCGUCUUUGGGCAUCAAA